UGUUGGAUAUCGACGGAGUGCCGGUGUGGACGUCACUGCGACUUUCUGCGGGAUUUGUGCCGAUUUUCGCCCGUUUUCCCUGCGGUUUGGCGGCGCGGGGGCGAGGAGAGUGACUUCCCGAGGCGCAGGAGGACGCGGAAGAGAUGGGAGAGGACAGGGAGGAGAAGAAGCCCGAGAAAGAGCGGGAGGAGAAGAAGGAGCGAGGAGAGAAAGAUAAGGAUAGGGGUGAUAAGGACAAAGAUCGAGACAGGGACAAGGAUAGAGACCGUAAAAAGCGCAGCAGAUCCAGAUCAAGGGAACGUCGCAAGCGCAAAUCAAGAUCCAGGUCCAGGGGUCGAUCAAGGUCCCGCUCACGUUCCAGAGACCGCCGCAAGUCUCGCCGCAAGAAGCCUUCACUGUACUGGGACAAACCACCCCCAGGCUUUGAACACAUAACACCAAUUCAGUACAAGGCUAUGCAAGCUGCUGGCCAGAUCCCUUCCAAUGUGACCGUGCCCUUGAUUGCACCACCUAGUGCAGGGACAGUACCAGUUCCUGUGCCUGCAUUGCCAGAAGUUGCUAGUGUACCUCAGACAGUGCCUGUGCCUGUAGUGGGCUCAACCAUCACUAGACAGGCUCGACGUCUGUAUGUAGGCAACAUUCCUUUUGGCGUAACUGAAGAGGAAAUGAUGGAAUUCUUCAACCAGCAAAUGCACCUAGCUGGUCUUGCCCAGGCUGCAGGGAACCCAGUCUUAGCCUGUCAGGUUAAUCUGGACAAGAACUUUGCAUUCUUGGAGUUUCGAUCAAUUGAUGAAACUACCCAAGCAAUUGCUUUUGAUGGCAUUAAUUUUAAGGGUCAGAGUUUAAAGAUUAGACGACCUCAUGAUUAUCAGCCAAUGCCGGGCAUGUCAGAGCAUCCGACCCUCACCAUGCCAGGUACGACACAGAUCCCAGUUAUUGCAGGUGUGGUGUCAACAGUGGUCCCCGAUUCACCCCAUAAGAUCUUUAUUGGUGGUCUGCCUAAUUACCUUAAUGAAGACCAGGUGAAGGAGCUGCUAAUGUCUUUUGGACAACUGCGGGCAUUCAACCUGGUCAAGGACUCGGCAACAGGAUUGUCUAAAGGCUAUGCUUUUUGUGAGUAUGUCGACGUCAGCCUGACAGACCAGGUAAGCACAAAUGCCAUCCACGGACUAAAUGGAAUGCAACUUGGAGACAAAAAGCUUGUGGUGCAGAGAGCAAGUGUUGGAGCAAAGAAUGCCAAUGCAAUGGCUCAGGCUCCUGUACAGAUCCAGGUUCCAGGUUUGCAGUUGCAGAGUGGCUCAGGCCCUGCGACUGAAGUCUUGUGCCUCAUGAACAUGGUAACACCAGAGGAGUUGAAGGAUGAUGAAGAAUACGAAGACAUCCAAGAGGAUAUUCGUGAAGAGUGCAGUCGCUAUGGCAUAGUGCGCUCGGUGGAAAUCCCAAGGCCUGUUGAAGGAGUUGAAGUCCCUGGAGUGGGCAAAGUGUUCGUUGAAUUCAACUCUGUUCUGGACUGCCAGAAGGCACAACAGAACCUCACUGGCCGCAAGUUUGCCAACCGUGUUGUUGUCACUUCAUACUUUGACCCGGACAGAUAUCAUCGACGUGACUUCUAAGUUCAAUAGAUUGGUGCCACCCUUUCAAAUAUUGCACGUGGAAUUAGAUCAGCACCUGUUUAAUAAUUUUGUCAACAUUGCUUUUUAAAGUUUAAGGUAAUAAUUUAUAAUCCUGUUAAUUACCCACUUCAAAGUUUUUUUUUUUUUUCUUCUUUCUUUUGUUGGGGGAGGGGCAAGAAAACAGGAAACAGAGUUUAAAAAAUAAAGCAAAAAAUAAAUAAGAAAAAGCAAAUGACUAAGUAAGGUACUAGCAUGGUAAUUGUAGAGCAAGCAAGCAGUAAAGUUGUAUUUGUGUGGCAGAAUAACCAUUUUGAUUGAAGCCCAAAUGUUUGGUAAUGUAAAGUUAUGAUCCCCCCCCAACUUGGAUGUAGAGAUAUCUCAAAGAACAUGAACUUUGAUUUAAAUGUAUUAAUUUUUAUGUGAUUAGGCUUGUAAUAAAAGGCCUAUAUGUUUGUUUAGAUGUAGUGAAGCAUUCAGUUUUGUAACAGUUCUCUAUAUUUUGUUUAGUGCAGAAAAAGCAUGACCAACUUUCUGUAUGUUUCACCACUUAUUUUAACCAGUAAAGUCUUCAAAUUCA